GUGUGAGAGCGCUCACAUCACGAUACUAUCACGGCCAACCCGCCCUUCCGCCCCCCCCAGGCGCCGUUCUCGACGACGCCAACACGACGCGGCCCCCGUGCCCACCGCCCACGUAUACUGCUCUUUCUAGCUUGCUCGCCUCAGCGGCUAGCCAGGCAAGCAGCAGGCAGUUUGGCGGCCAUGAGCGUCGCACGCCGGGCAGCACAUGGCCUCCUCGGCCGGUGCCUCGCCCCCUCGACGCGCUCCCACCGCCCGGUGCCAGCAGCCGCCGGGCCCGCGGCCGUCCAGCGCGCCGCUCAGUUCCACAGCUCGGCGGCGCGCUCGAAGCGGCGGUCACGGUUCCGCAACGUCAAGGCCGAGGAGCUGGGCCUGCUGAACCCCGCGAAACUCGCCGAGUACCGCGAGGAACACUUCCCCGAGUACUCGGAGCAGGACCUCGAGGCGCUGAAGAGCAAGUACACACCCGAGCAGCUCGAGGCCCUGCAAGCUGGCGAGCAGGCCGUCAACCCGGACGACCUCGUCUUCCAGGGCCGCCUGCGCGACGACCCCUACCGCCCCAACUACGUCGAGGACUUCACCGUCCUGGACCCGAGAUACGACCUCAAACCUCAGACCGAAGUGACGCCCCGCGAGCCCGAGUGGCCCAGUCGAUCCAAAUGGAAUGCUCUUCACGCCUUUCGCUUGGCCAAGCUGGUGGCGACGAAGGCAACGGACCAGCAUCAGCGCGCCCAUGACCGCGCCUUGGUCCGCGCCCUGCGGAGGAUCAAGGCUGGUGAAAUGGGCGAGGACCACUACAUCGACCUGACCAUGGACGAGCUCAACGACAUGGAGAAGGACCCGGAGCUGUUCCAAAAGCACUUGGCCAACGAAGAGAAGGAGGCCGAAGUGGUCGAUGAGGCCGACCCCGAGUUUGAGGCCUUGUGGAAGGAGCGGAAAGCUGAGACGAAAAACUUCGACAAGCUGUUCGACGAGGAGCUCGCGAAGGAGAAUCGUAACAUACCGGACCCGGUGAUCACCAACCUGGAGCUCCUCGAGAACGGGCCCGCAGGCGCCAGCCGCGCGCACUCGGCCGAGGCUGUGGAGCUAGGCAAGGUGCCUGGCGUUGAGGGCCUGUACAAGUCGGCCGUGGACCCCGAGGACGAGGGCCAGGACGACUCCGGUUACUACCAAGAGAUCAAGCGCCUGACGGGCCUGAGCCUGAAGGACCUCCAGUCCAUUUAUAACAAGGUGCUCGUCACGCGUUGGGUCGCCAACCAGACGCGUCUGGGCAAAGUCCGCAGCUCCUCAGUCGUCGCCAUCGCCGGCAACGGCAACGGCCGCCUAGGCAUAGGCAUUGCAAAGUCCACUGAGGCCAGUCUGGCCGCCGAGACGGCCCAGCUGCUGGCCAUUCGCAACAUGAAGCCCAUUCGCCGCUACGAGAACCGGACCAUCUACGGCAACGUCAGCGCAAAGGUGUCGGGCACUGUCGUCGAGCUCUUUGCCCGUCCGCCAGGCUUUGGCCUCCGCUGCCCGCACCGCAUCUUCGAAAUGUGCCGCGCCGCGGGCAUACACGACAUCGCGGCGCGCAUGCCUCGCUCCAAGAACCCCAUGAACUCGGUCAAGGCUGCCUACGAUGCGCUCGUCAACCAGCCCGACCCGGAGGAGAUUGCCAUUGGCCGCGGCAAGAAGCUGGUGGACGUGAGGAAGGUGUACUACGGCGGCUCUGUACACUAGGCGAGGGUCCGGGAAGAGACGGAGAGGGGAUGUAAGACGGGGUCUUUGAUUCAUGGCGGCGCGUCAUGAGGAACGGCAGCGCGGCCGGGCGUGCGUGCGAGCGUGCGUGUACACUACCAGGGAUGUCUGUAUAUUGUCGACAGAGGAGCCAAGGGAGACAACGUAAGAUUAACUACCAAGACGUCUUGUCCAAAUGCUG